GACCGGCAGCAGCAGUAGCGAGUUUCCUGUGGCCCUUAGUCGUCGGGCAUGUGUAUACUUUCUGUGCAUAUUUAAAAGUUUUCGUCACUACUUUUCAGUCUUUUGCUGACUGGCGCUCUCCUGCGUGAUAUGGCCGUGUGUUUCCGAGCGCUCAAGGGCUCUUUGAACUGUGCGUUGGGGACUGUGAAGACUAGCAACAUCAGGUCCCACACCGGUCUUCUGACCCUGAGCGCUGCAACGCCAUGCAAUUGCUAUGUAACCCUAACCUCUAGCCAAGGCACGAAGGUUCUUGCAAGGCAUGCUGCUGUGUUGCCUCAAGUCCUAGGAGGCACUUCCCUCCAGAGCACAUGCCAGAGUUCCAGUAUAUGCCUCCCUGCUGCACAUUCUCUGCCUGAGGUCGUCACAAAUGACGUCAUUGCUCCAGAACUUGUCAACCGGGAGGAACAGGCCCCUUUCACAUUUUUUGAACUCCGAAGUGGGGAUGAUGAGACGAAAUCUUCAGGCGUAGUUUGCAGAGUGCCUACAACGGUCUUGUCGGGAUAUUUGGAUGCCUACCCAUACAAGGUCUACUGCUUUGAUGUGGACCGGCGGGUGGCAGCAGAGAUGGCACUAUCUGAUUAUGAACGAGAGGUGUUGCAGUUUGCGGGCACAUCAGUUGCUCUGAAAGGGGCAGGCAGUAAUGAGCAGCUGCCAGAUCCUGGUCGUGCCACAGAGGAACAGCUGAAGCGGAUAUCACGUGCCCUAGCUCGCCACUUGCCUCGUUUUUUCACUGAGCCACACAUCUACAACGUGUACAACAGGAACAUUGUCUUCAGGAACAACAUUCGGGGCAUCACCACAAGGGGCAUUACAAGCUAUGUGCAACAAAUGGCACUGGUUCGCAUCCUGGGUCACCUGCGGUAUGCACAUGUGCAAUUGGAAGUUCUCAAGAUGACAACUCACAAAGAGGACAGCACAGUUCGUAUACGCUGGCGCAUUGUGGGUGUAUCAGGCUUGCGUGCCCUGUUCAUGUUCUGGAAGUUCCGAAUUUGGGAGUGGCAGAAGAUGAUUUCUCAGGAGGCUGAGUGGACGGAUGGUUUUUCGGUGCUUAAAGUAGGAUCUGAUGGCCUUAUAUAUGAGCACAUUUGUGACAAGAUGAUGCCUGACGAAGAGCUAGAAGAGGUGAAGUCAUCUAAUGUGGCCGUCAAGCUUGCUUUGUUGCUGGGCCUGACACCACAAUCAUUCAGCUUUGGAUCACCGACAGUGGUGUCCUCGAGCGAGAACAGCCUGCUCUAGUGCUGAAGCUGAUACUCUUGCUUCUCCUCUUCUCCCACACAUUUUGUGUGUGCAGUGUACAUAGCUUUAGGAACACAAGUCAGGACCUUUAUUGGCCUUGACAAUUUUGUCUCGCCUUCCUGCCACAUUACAGCCAGUACUCUGUUACAAAGAAGUGUGGCUUUGUGGCUUUUGCAAAGGGAAGGAUAAGUAAAGUUCUCAUGUGAGAGCAAUCCCAGUGAGUAGUAGUGCUUAGAGAAGGAUGUUUGCUUUGGCACUUGGUUCAGCUCCUGUAGAAUGCAGCCAUGCUUUUGGCAUAGCAACUUGGAAUUGCAUAGUGCAAAAUCAUUAAGCAAGAAAUUAGAGGUCUUUUGAAAGUGUUUUGACAGCAUACAUUGUACAUGCAUGAAAGGACUAUUUAUCGAAGCUGUCUGUCUGUGCUUGUCUUUUUUGCGCUGUGUAACUUUAAAUGGGAUGCUCGAUAAACGACAUUAAUCUGUUUUAUCUUCCCUCUCCAAAAUGCUGUUCGCUAUGUGAUCUUCAUGCAAAUAGCAAUUUCUUUGAUGGAAGUACAAGUUGCGCUGUCUGCUAACUUGGAGAAAAGUUAUACUGGUUAGGCAUGGUUUUAAAGUUGCUUCUAGGUUGCAGCAACUAAGGAAGCUUGUAUUCAGUGGUGUGUCCACUAGUUCUCCGCGCUGCUCUUUUAUUGUUGUUGAGUGUUGUUUAUUAUUGGUUAACAUAAAGGGUGACAUAAUUUGAACAGUACACUUAUAUUCCAGCAAUAUAAAGGUUGUGCACUUGUGCUCACCAUGCUAAAGUUGGUGCGCAUAGCCUUUUUUAAAAGGGACAGCAGUAGUGAGCCACUUAUGGUCUGUUUGCUUCUAGGUUUUUGUUGUCAGUGCCAUGUCUGAACAUUUGUGUUUUCUGCAUAGCUUAAUCUCUGUGCAGAGUGAGCUUUAAAAUAUAGAUAUUAUUUUAAACUACAUAGAAGCUGCCUCAAGUUCUGGAACUCCUACUUACAAGAUUCGGAUAUACUUAUGUGCUAAGCAUGUUAUGUGCAACUUAGAUCACAGAGCAGACUAUGAGGUGUUUACAUUUUCCGACAGUUGCGAUUGUUCAACAAAUGUGAGCUUCACAACAGUGCAUAUGGAAUCAAGCAAAACAGCUCAAGGGCAGUCUUGAAAUUAUCCCUUCCAAUUUCAACUUUUAUAGGUAAUGCAACACAGCUGACUAUACAUACCGAUAUGUAGGCAUGGCCACCUGCAGUAGCAUUAUGUAAUGUGUAAAGAUGUGUCAGGUGUACUCAUUGAGAUUCACUACCAAUGUGUUGCACCUAUCUUGCACAUGCUUUUGCUGUGAACCACUUGAGUCAUCGUAGGCUGAAUUAGUCUUUGCCAGGCCAGCUUAGAUGAAAUCAGGUAGCUCUGUUGCAACAGGUCUCCCUUAUUGCUUUCCACCAUGAAACCAUUUUCCUUUAAACUUUUUAAAAAACUUUAAAAAAAAAGUUUUCACUGUUAAUAUUGAACUUUAUUGUGAGGCACUAGAGCAUGUGAUGUCUGCACUGAGUUUAAGCGGAUUGAGUAGAUCUGUGCUUUUUGAGAAAAAUGUGCGAGCUCAUUGGUGGCAAGGUGUUGCAAUAGUGUUAGCAUGGUGCUACAGGUGUGCAGUGAAACCAGAAUCACAAUGUAAGCAUUGGUGAAAAGUGCAGCAUUCUGAGUUUCUGAGCAUUAUCUAUUCUGUUCGUUACAUGUGCCCUGGUUUCUAUUAUGUGCAUGUGGGUUUGGUUUAUGUUGUUGGCUUAAUGUUAAAACGAAUGUUAAAGAGCUUUAAAAACAUUGUCUGCACAGUCGCAGCCCUGCUACUUGUAUUCAGUAGCUUCUUUUGGAAGGGGUGUAAAUGUACAAACUCUCAUGUUACAAUUUUUGUGGUUAUUAGAAUUUACAUCUUUGACGUCACCAGUUUAAGUAGCUUGCAUUCAAUUUGAAAGCUUGCUUCUAAUAACAUGCAAUCCCCUUCCCCCUCUUCCUCCUUCCUUAUCUGUGUGAAAAAAAUUUUGAGCUCAACCACCGGGUGUCUGAGCUGUGCAGAAAAGCCAGCCUCUCAGUGACCUAGAGAAACAGCAGGUGCAUCAGUUUGAAGAGCAAGGUGCAUGUCUGCAAUUAAGCAGGAGUGCCACAAAGGGUAAAGGGAGUGACAGCACAAAGUAGUCUGCAGUGGCCUGGUCCACCACCAUAAUGAGCAGCAUCUGCGCCUCUUUGUUGAAUAAAACACCACACAUCUAGCCCUUCUGGACAAUGCUUAGCAUUUCAGCACAGUGUGGUGGAUGUACUGCAAUGUAUGUACCCAUGGCCCAGCACAAAUGCUGAUGUUGCUGCACAGGUGCACAGUGCAGUAGCAAGUUGCGUGUCGCACUAUGCUAAUAUAGUCAAUUUGAAUCCACUCCUUGCAGUCGCUUUACACAUUGUAUUUUGUUUUGUCAUGCUAUUUAAAAAAAGUCCGAAUUGUCAUUUGUUGCGUUUGAGUUUGCAUUACAUUUGUGCAAACACAGUAAACCUCAGGUGGUCAAAAUUGAUCAGAAGCCCAUAGCUACAACAUCUGCCAUACCAGCAGCAUGCUUAAAACUGUGCUCGUGUACAAAGCAUCUAUACUUAGGUGUUCAAUUUUACCUAGUGUGAAAAAAAGUACUGUGUGCUACUUUUUCCUUUUUAUUCCUGUAGUGCCUUUUGGCAUCUGCUUGUGGUGCGGAAAUUUCUAUACACGAUACCUACAAAAAUUUCUACAAUAGUGUAAUUAAUGCUGCAGUGCUCGGUGUCUCCAGCGGAUUUCAUGUAUAUAAAAAUUCUGCUGUGUAUAUCUGACAUGUCUUUAAACACAGCUUCGUUGACCUUCUUUUUGCUUUCUUUCUAAAUGCACUGUUAAUGUGGAAGUUGCUGCAGUUUUAAGUACUUUUUUUAACAUAACCAAACAAAGUUUUCUUCCGAGUUUAAGGAAGUGUAUCCUUGGUGGCUGAAACACAGUGCUCAUGUAACAUUGGUUGCCGCUUGAACAAUUGUGUAACCAUGGCAAACUUGCAGGCAUUAUUGCAUGUAGUAGUCUUGCACUCUGGAUGCUUUGUGUAUGGAAAUGGCUUUGGCUCAGUGUGUUUGCGUAGCACUGACACCUGCAUUUUUUUUUUCUGUUAAAUUUUCUAUAUGAUUAAUUAAGACAGCACUUGUGACGAGUUGCAUACAGCUAAUUAUAUGUAGUGUUGUUCAUUUGUAUAAUUUUGUGAACUCCUAAAAGUGACUUAAAUUGUACAUACAUGUGGAGCAUUUAGCUGCUACCCUUCAUGUAAAUGAAGGCACAGUAACACUUAUCGUUGGGAUGAUUUACAUGUGGCCGCUGUGCAGAAAUCGUUUGGUAUUUGUAUGAUAGUUUGUGAGAAAGGUUGCUGUAAUGCUGUCUGAAGUGAAAAAUCAUUGUCCUGUCAGCCCCUCACCCAGGGAAUUGCAAUAUUUACUCUUUACAAUUAGAUGCUGCGUCCAUUCGUGUAAUCCUGUCACGACACUUGGGUGGGCUGGAGAAGUAUUUGGUGAAAAUCCGCUGCAGUGAGUGAGUGCUAGUCUAAACUCCAGCCUGUUUAUAGCUCACAAUGCAACGCACAGUCUAGUUUGAUUAGUAGUGGUCCUAUAGUGGCACAUAGUGGUGCACUUGACAUGAACAUGUUCCUUUACUGCGAGUGCAUAUGUGCAUGCUUCUGUUUAGAAUAUAAACACUGCUUCCUGUUGUAGCCGGUGAAAUAAGUUGCCACAGUGGUUGUACUUGUUGCACUUUUUCUGUCUACACCAUUCUCAAAUUCCAGAAAUAAGUGUUGGCUUGAGUACAUGUAUUUCUCGCUGUAGGGAUUUCAUGAGAGUGUGCUGUUAGUUGUAUUUUAUUUUAUUCAAACAUGAUUAAAUUUGUAGUACAUUCUUUGGCAGUAGUUAUGGAAAGUUCUGUUGCAUGAAUAAAACUUAUUUUUCAGUGCUUCA